AUGUCUUCCAACAAUCCAUUUGCGUCCGCAAUGAAUGGUGAAUAUAAGCACCACAGAGAUCCUCCUCCUCCACCCCCCCUGACUACUCAGAAGAAAAAACCGUCAGUAUCCCGGGAAAUGAAGCCUUCCGCUCCCCCCCCUCCUUCAUAUGAAGAAGCAGCUGGCUCUGAAUCUGCCUCCAGACAAUACCCACAAGAGAAGCCACCUUCCUCCUCCUCUCAUACCAGAAGCAGCAGACCUCAUCGUUCCCAGAGCGACUCAUCCAGACAUCGCAGCAACGGUGAACGAAGCAAUGGCGAACGCAGACACCACCACAAGUCGUCUUCCAGAACAAAGUCUCCAUCCAAGAAAAAGGCGGCUCCCCAACCACACAACUCCAAGAACUUGGACACUAUUGACAAGUUAGACGUUAGUGCGUUUUACGGAGGAAGAUUCCACCACGACGGACCCUUCGACGCAUGUACCCCACACAGAAACAAAAACGAAAAGAAUGCGCCAGUCAUGGCCUUCCCUGCUGAUGGUCCAAAUACCUCCAUGAAAGCAUUUGGCCCCGGAGUGAAUAAUAAUGACCGCAUGAACCUAGCUUAUGGCAACUUCUCCGAAGACCAAAAUGAGAUUGUUGGGAGAGUUGGCACCAACAAGAAUAAUCAGGCACCUGUUCUAAAGACAAACAGGACUUCCAACGAUCCACAAGCCGCAUUCACUCCCAGAUUAAAUCCUUCUGUGUUGGCAUUCGAUGCUAACGAAAAGGCUGCACCUGUGCAUGGCCCAACCACUGCGGGCUUGGGUACCUCUACAUUUCUUGAUGGUGCGCCAGCUCCACGUGGUGAUGACUACUUGACUCCUCCAUCCAACGGCUUGGGAAGAAAGAAGUCAUUAGUGCAGAAAUUCCGCAAGAACUCCCAGAGUGAAUCCACAUCUAGAAGGUCGUCGCAUGACAACUCUGGAGAAUACGCUAGGCCAUCGUUCGGGGAAGAGGAAAAUGGUGCAGGGUCGUCGUUAUUAAGAAGAGUUAAGAGUUUGAAGGUUGGAAGAAGUAGAUAA